AUGAAGCGGCACAACCCGAGCGAGUUGCCGCUGUCGUCGUCGGCGGACGACGGCAGGCGGCUGCUGGCGACGGAGGAGGCGGAGGACAAGAUGGACAAGUACGACAAGGGGCGGGUCCGGUGUUCCCGGUUCUGCUUCCUCUUCGCGCUCGCCGCCACCGUAUCCAUCCUCGCGCACCACUGCUACGACGCCGGCCUAGGCCGUGGCGAUAGUGCCGGCGUGGUGCGCAUCGAGGCCGUGCAACACGGUCUGCCGCCGUCGGUGCAUCGGGAUCGGAAGAUCGUUCCGAUCGCUCGCGGCGGGGAGCCGUCGGAGUCCCGACGCUCCACCUCGGCUCCGGUGGACGCCGGCGACGACGCGUCGUCGAAGCCUUCGGCGUCACGGUCUGACGAGUCUGCCAAUGGAGGCAAAACAUCGUCGAAGCAGGGCUCGCCCUCGGGGGCUCAUGCUCAUACCAAGCAGCGCGGCGGCCACCCCUUCGCCCGCGCGCUGGCCGCGGCCGACGAUAAGGACGACCUCUGCGGCGGUCAGUACAUCUACGUGCACGAGCUGCCGGCCCGCUUCAACAAGGACAUGGUCCAGAACUGCGACAAGCUGUCGCCGUGGACGGACAUGUGCAGGUACACCACCAACAGCGGCUUUGGCCCGCUGCUCCGCGUCGGCAAGGGCGCGUUCCAGGGCAACGGCAACGGCUGGUACGACACCGACGAGCACGCGCUGGACAUCGUCUUCCACGAGCGGAUCAAGCGGUACGAGUGCCUCACCGACGACCCUUCCCUCGCGGCUGCCGUCUUCGUCCCGUUCUACGCCGGCCUCGACGUCGCGCGGCACCUCUGGGGUAACAACGUCUCCGCGAGGGACGAGCUGGCGCUGGACCUGGCGAGCCUGCUCACCAAGAGCCUGAGAGUGGCGCGCCAUGGGCGGCCGCGACCACUUCUUCGUGGCCGGCCGCACCACGUGGGACUUCCGGCGGAAGGAUGA